GCGGAUAAUUAUCUCGGCCGGUAUUACAGGUUGUGCCCACAUAUACAUAUAGCUAAGCACGUAGCAUAACCUGAAACUCGAACAGCUGACGAACAACUCGAUGUGGCGUAAAGUAAUGUAGGAAAUAACUAAACACAAACAAUCAUGGAGAUAAAUCCGUUGAGCAUUAUUCUUGUCAAAAGUGACAGUAAAGGCGAUAGGAUGCUUUUUCGUUAUCCACACGCAACGAAUCAUCAGCGAGAUUCAAGCCAGUGUCUGAAACGAAAAAAUCCUUACUCAAUGAUCAUAGCUGAAGACUCACUGCAGGUAUCGAUGCCCUUUCCAAACCCGUCGAAUGGAAAUCUGACAGGAUUAUCGGAUGAAGUGCUGUCUACACUAUUCGCUGUAAAACCAGAGUUGUGCGAGUGCAAAUUCGAGUUGAAGCUCAAUGAUGUGAGAUUCGUGGGACACCCGACGCUGCUACCAUCCAGAGGACCAAAAGAAGUAAACUCCUCUAUGCUUUUUAAUGUUGUUUUUGCACUGCAAGCACAAGCUAGUCAUUCAGUUGUGAAAUGCUAUUACGAUUUAAGUAGAAGGUUGGGGAUAGCUUUGAGACACGAAGAGAGGAGGUGUGGGUUUCUAACAGAAGAAAUCAAAAUUAUGGUGUCAACGCACGAUGAGGUUGCUGCCAGGUCAGAAGAGGAAAGUGAUUCUGAUGAAUCUCCUUAUGAAACCAUUCUACAAAAGAGCUCGCUGGCUCGAGACUUGAAAUCUAUUUUUAACAGUCUGAGCACCUCUGGAAUCAUAAAUAUUAUGAUCGACAAAUGGAUACAGGUCAGCUUUUGCCUACCCCAAAAAGUUCACCAGACUCACAAAAAAGGUUUCGUUGUGGACCCAGAAAUCAUUGACAGAUGUUUGAACAGUCUGAGGCCAUAUCAUGGGUUACUACUUUUGACUGAACCAACGGACCUGCGCGACUCCUUACCAACAGAUCAUUCUCCAGCUUUGUGUCGCCUUAUACAAAUGUAUAAUCCACUAAAAAGCCUGCAAACUUUGGCUGCAGACUCAGACUUGACGUUAGCUCAAGUUUUUCAGCUAACUGGACAUCUGGUCUACUGGGCCAAAGCAACCAUAAUAUACCCUCUAUGUGAAAGCAACGUAUAUGUUGUUUCACCAGAUGCAGUAUUAACAAAUCGAAUGCUCGAAGCAUUUUCUGAACAAUUUCCUGGAAUGUGUUUAUUGCAGGUGAUCAGUGAAUUCUCAUUGCCGACUUCAAUAAGUCAAAAGUUGAAUCCUCUCAGUCAACCUCAGCAGCAAACACAGCUGGUCAAGAUAAUCAUUUGGCUUUUAAAAAACCACCUACUCUUACAAUUACAUACCUAUGUUCAGUAUAUGCCUACAGUUCAUGGGCGCUCAUCCGUUAACAUUGCAGAUGCUCCUAAUGGACUCAGCUCUAGUCCUCCAGAUACAUUACCAGAGGAUGAGUCUGCUGUAGCAUUGGAUGACGGUUCAUGGAGUUUGAGUGUUACACCCAAGGGAACACCUAAUGACUCAAAGGCAGAUAUCUCGUUAGACAAAACGGACGAUCUAUACUCAUACCAGUCGGACGGUUAUCCGUCGGACGACAUAAUUUUACUCGAAAGACUCUGUCGAAUGGGCUACUUUAAGGGUGGACACCACUUGGAAGAGAUAAUGUAUUUGGAAAAUAUUCGAAGAUCUCAGCUGUUGCAAAUACUGGAUAAAUUUAGGGACGUUUUAAUUACCUGCGAAAGCGAAGAUCCAGCAAUGGCUCUAUUUUAUUCUCAGCCCGCUUCUCGAUAGUGAUAGGCUAUAUCACUUUCUAUUUAUUGUAAAUUGUACAUAGUUUUGCGCAUAAUUUUUACUGUUAUAUAUAUAUUUUGUCAUUUAUUUUUAUACAAUACUCUGAAUCAAAUGCUCUAAAAGCAUCGUCAGGCUAAUAAACAAUUUUUUACGCAAUGACUGACACGAUUAUUAGUCAUUUUUGGUAUAUGAAUUUGCAGUUACAAAAUGCAGAUGAUUAAGUGAAAAAUAUAUUGAUCACUAUUUUCGUACACCCUUUUCUCUGUGUACACUAACCUUGUGCCCUCUACAAAACAUAGGAUAAUCAAUCAAUCUCUAAUUUUAAACUCUGUAGAUAAAUAACGCAGUACACGCUACAAACGUGAAUAAUGUAUUGAUCCAUCUAAAAAAAGUAUGUAAAAGAAAACUUGCGAUCCUCAA